CAUUGUUAUCACUAAAAAGUAUAAAAUGUUUCAUUAGAUUGGGAUUGUCAGUCAAAACAAAUUGUUUUUAGAACCAUGGAUGAGAUCAAGUUCCAUUUGUCGAAUCAAUUUGAGACGCUUCAGAUUCAAACAUUGCUAAUCAGACAACAAGGACAACAAUGGAUCACAGAUUUGUUGUCACGGGGAAACCAGUUCAUUUCUGAAUUAAGCAGUCAUCAAAAUAUCCAGGAUACAAACAUUAUACAACCUAUACUUAGGUGGUUUUACAGGGCCUGGGAACAACUACAAUUUCAGUAUUAUAGCUCACAUUUUAGUAUCAAAGGAUUUUAUAUGAAUUUAUAUGAUAAAGUAACAAAACGAGAGUUAGUAUUUUGUGUAGCAGGUUUAACUGCAGGUACUUUAAUUGGUUAUUAUAUUGGCAUUAAUUGGAAAUAUUCUGCCCAUCAUAUGCAUCAUAUGAGAGCUAUCAUAUGUCGUCAUUACAUUGGUACUGAGGGUGUGUCUAUGAUAGAUGAUGCAGAAAUGCCUAUGAUUCAAAAAUCCAAUGAGUUAUUAAUACAAGUUAAAGCUGCCUCUCUUAAUGUUGUGGAUACAAAGAUUUGUUAUGGAUACUCAAAAAUUUAUAGAAGAUUACUCAAUUCUGGAAAGUAUAAAGGACUCCCAGUAACAUUAGGGAGAGAUUGUACAGGAAUAGUGAUAGGUAUUGGACAGAGUGUUAUUAAUUUUGAUAUUGGAGAUGAAGUAUUCUUAGCUGUACCUUCAUGGGGUCCUGGUACAAUGACAGAAUACAUAGUUGUACCAGAAACCCAGGUAGUUAAACGACCAAAACUUUUUAAUUUCGAAGCAACUGCCAGUAUUCCAUAUAGUGGAUGCUUGGCAUGGGAUGCCUUAAUUAAUAAGUCUACAAUUCAAGAAGGCAACGCGAAAGAGAAACGAGUACUUAUAUAUGGUGGAAACACACCAGUCGGUUGUAUUUUAACGCAAUUAGUUAAGUUAUGGGGAGGACAUGUCUGUACAAUAUGUACAUCAAAAGCUGCUCCUUUAUCGAAAGCUCUAGGAGCGGACGAAGUCAUAGUAUUAAAUAGCUCGAGUCUUGAAAACGAGUUAAAAUUGCAUAAAAAAUAUGAUGUUAUUUUUUACACUGGAGGUCAACCAAUCGAUGAACGUAUAUUAAAGCAACAAUUAGAGCCUUAUGGUUCCUACGUAUCCACAUUGCCUGAACAACUGACUUCUGAUUCUUUAGGUUUUAUAUUUGGAAGCAUAUUCGCUGGAUAUGUACGACUAAAAUUACUAGUACAGUAUAUGUUUGGAUUCAGUACACAUCAGUGGAAAGAAGGUUCACAAUUAAACGUGACAUACUUACAAGCACUGAGUGAGUUAGUUGAUGCUGAGCAAUUGCAGGUUGUUGUCGAUAGAGUAUAUGUACCUCAUAACAUCGAACAAGCAUUGUAUCACGUAUUGGAUCACAAUGCUGUUGGUAGUACUGUAAUAACAUUUCAGUGACAACCAAAUG